CGCGCCGAUAUUCGCUCUUCUUACCUGAAUACCUGGGAAUCUUCGCCCGGCACGUAUACAGCGUUUGGGGAAAGCAGAAACCCAAGGCAGCGCAGCAGGCUGAGCAGCGCGGCACCAGGGCGCCCCGUACAAGCAUUGCACUGCCUUUUCCACUGCUCUGGGCCUCUUUGCUCCGCACGUCCCCCCUCGAGCCAAACUUUUGCCAAACCUAAUAUGCUUUUCCGGCACAAAAUCUGAAGAUAAACUGCUUCCAGUGCACCAUUAUUGUCGCAGCCAUCACGCUUCCCCAGACUCGGUUCGCCAGGCGCUACACCUUUUUCUUCCUUAUCCGCCAUGGCAUCCUUCGACAACAAUCCCUACCGCGUCUUGCUGACUGGCUUCGGUCCCUUUGGUCGCUUUCGCGAAAACCCGUCAUGGCUCGCAGUCAAACCUCUGCACAACACCGUCAUGGAAGCUGACGGGUACGAAUAUUCUUCACCAAUCAUCCAUGACGACCACAGCGCGAUGAUCGUCGACGAAGACGGGCCUCGCCCGCGACAAAUACACAUCACGAGCCUGCUGAUACCCAUGGAAUACGGUGCCGCUCUUGCAAUCGUCCCCCCAAUCCACGCCACCCCUCCGAUGCUCCCGCGACAUGGCAACGACAGCCUUCCCUUCAUCGCUCCCCCAGAAGACGGGUAUGAUUUCGUGUUGCAUGUCGGCGUAGCCGGGCGGGGACCAUUGAGGAUGGAGAAAGUGGGGCACAAGCUAGGGUAUAGACUAAAGGACGCAACGGGCGCGAUGGCGCCAGUGGUCGCGCAGGAGAGUCUUGUGGCGAGAGAGAUUACAGAGGCGGAGCGACGGGAGAUGGACAGGCUCACUAUCCUCAACGACCGGGUAGGCAAUCGACCUCCGAGCGAGGUCGUUGAUCCGAUGGGGCCUUUAAGAGGGUUUGGGAAGGGAUAUGAGAAUUUCGACGAUGAUUUGUAUACCGAGAUUGAUGUGGAGAAGCUGGUUGUCCAUCUGAAGGAGACCGGAAUCGAACAAGUCUACACGUCUAUGGACGCUGGACAUUAUCUGUGCGACUUCGUGUAUUUCUGUUCCUUAGCCGAGUCUCGACGGGGCGCCUCUAAUCGCCGCGGUCCGGACCCAGAGAUGCAGGACGUUACGAAGGUGCUUGGACUGCAGAUACCACCAGUAGGGCAGCCGCUGAGUACGGAGGAGGUUACGGAGGCUAUUCGGAGAAUCAUCCUUUGGGUAUGUAGAACAGGGUGAAUGUAAUACUCAGGUAUGGUUCGCAUGUAUUAUCAGCUUUCUAUCUCUCGGGCUCUUCGGCGGUGCUUUUCUGGGUCUGCGUAUUGCCUGUCCCUUGGUAUCCUUACAUAUCUCAUAUUGCGAUAAUUGACACGCACUUUCACUCUCGA